UCAAGGGAACUUUGUACUUUGCACUUUGAUUAAAGACUCUUAGAUUUAGAUUUCUAAACUUUUCUUCAGAAAUUAAGUUUUCUUUUAUCUCUUCUCUUCUAAAUUGCAGAAAUCGAAUAAAGCUACUUGGUAAAAUGACCUCUUGUCACAUUGCUGAAGAUCCUAUAAAAAAGGUUGCUAUCUUUGGAGGAACUCACGGGAAUGAGCUAACAGGAGUAUUUCUAGUUAAGCACUGGCUAGAGAAUGGCACUGAGAUUCAGAGAACAGGGCUGGAGGUAAAACCGUUUAUUACUAACCCAAGAGCAGUGAAGAAGUGUACCAGAUAUAUUGACUGUGACCUGAAUCGAGUUUUUGACCUUGAAAAUCUUGGCAAAAAAAUGUCAAAGGAUUUGCCGUAUGAAGUAAGAAGGGCUCAAGAAAUAAAUCAUUUAUUUGGUCCAAAAGACAGUGAAGAUUCCUGUGACAUUAUUUUUGACCUUCACAACACUACUUCUAACAUGGGGUGCACUCUUAUUCUUGAAGAUUCCAAGAAUGACUUUUUAAUUCAGAUGUUUCAUUAUAUUAAGACUUCUUUGGCUCCAUUGCCUUGCUAUGUUUAUCUUACUGAGCAUCCUUCCCUCCAAUAUGCAACUACUCGUUCCAUAGCCAAAUAUCCAGUUGGUAUAGAAGUUGGUCCCCAGCCUCAAGGGGUUCUGAGAGCUGAUAUUUUGGAUCAAAUGAGAAAAAUGAUUAAAUAUGCUCUUGAUUUUAUACAUCAUUUCAACAAAGGAAAAGAAUUUCCUCCAUGUGCUCUUGAAGUCUAUAAAAUAAUGGAGAAAGUUGAUUUUCCCAGGAAUGAAAGUGGAGAAGUUGCUGCUAUUAUCCAUCCUAAUCUGCAGGAUCAAGACUGGAAACCAUUGCACCCUGGGGAUCCCGUGUUUUUAACUUUUGAUGGAAAGACUAUUCCAUUGGAUGGAGACUGUACCGUAUACCCAGUGUUUGUAAAUGAGGCAGCAUAUUAUGAAAAGAAAGAAGCUUUCGCAAAGACAACUAAACUAAUACUCAAUGCAAAAAGUAUUCGCUCUUUACAUUAAAAAUCUCUUUUAGCUCACUUUUAUAGUAACUUGAAAAACUGUACUAGUCUGUAAGCUCCUCGAGGGCAGGAUUGUGCCUUAUUCAACUUCACACCUGUAGCACCCAGCUCAGUGCCUUGCACUCACUAGACAUUCAGGCAAUAUUUCUUGAGUGAAUGAAUUUAUGAAUAUAUUUUUAAGGUGUCAUAUUUUAUGUAUGUAGCUUAUUCAAUGAAGUGUAUUUCCUAUUUCCGUAUAGCUUUUUAUACAUUUUACUUUAAUAGUUUAACAUUCUUAAUAAACAGUCUUUAAAUUCAAAAUAUAAAAUUGAAAUAGAUGCUAUAUACAAAAAGUGAUUGAGCAUAGUAAUAAAUUAUCUUUUUGAGUAAUGUAUAAAUGCUAUUAAUAAUAAAUGGUGCAUACUUGCUGAUUUUUUAGUAUGCAUAUUAAAAAUGGACAUUUUAAUUGUUCAUUGAAUUAAAAAUGCUAAUGUGCCAUGUAUCCAGUCUGUUAAACUUUAGCAACAGUUGUGAUAUCCUUAAGCAAUUUCUAAAUGCUCUUUUGCAGAGAAAUGUGAAAGAGAAAUGGGGGCUGAUUGUAAAGGUGACAUUAUGAAUAAAUCAAGAAACUAUGAA